AUGCUUUCACGGAAAAUGAUACUUAGGUUUAGAACUGGAUCUGCCGUUGACAUUUGCAGAAGAUACAGUUUGAGGUCUUUAUCAACUACGUUCGAUGCGAAUGAUAGCAGUACUCCCAGAACACUCAGUUCAAGGGAAGAAAGAUUGCAACCUGAAACAUUAAAGGGAAGAACAUACAGGCCGAUGCUAUCAUUAAACCCUGAAGUUGCUAAAGCUAUCAACAAUAAUAUAACGGCCUUACAUCUUCCAAAUAAUUUGAGAAGAGUAGCAAAGAACCAGUUUUUAAAGUUACAAGAAAAUAGACUUCAUCAAGUACCCAGAACUGAAUUAGAGAUAGACUCACAUAUUGCAUCAUUCUUUUUACAUGAUUAUGGCUCCAUAUAUCAAGUUCUCACAGAUUUAAAAAAUAAUCACGAAGAAAAUUUUAAACCUCAGAAUGUAUUAGAUGUAAGUAUGGGACCAGCGACUGGUAUUGUUGCGUUUAAUGAUGUUAUGGGUCCUAAUUAUAGAUGUAAUAAGGACUCUGUGAUCGAAGGUGGGUCUGAAAUGCAAAAGAGAGCCAAGAUCAUUUUAAGUAGACAAUAUAAUGAGAUACCCGAUGAUGUAUUAGAAGAACAAAUAAAAAGAACAUCAAAUGUAGAGACAGAAAUAGAAACAGAUGAUGUGGCAGAUAAUAUAACAGAAGGUGAAGACCUUGUAGGUGAAGUAAUGACAAAGAAAAUCAAAAUACAAACAAAAUUAAAAAAUUUUGUACCUAUGGGGAAGCAAUAUGAUCUAAUUAUACUAUCUCAUCAACUUUUGCAACAUGAUGGGAAGUUCCCAAUUGAGGUCGAUCAUAACAUUGAGAAAUAUCUUAAAUUGCUAUCACCUGGAGGUUACAUAGUAGUCAUUGAGCGUGGUACACCAUUAGGAUUUGAAACAGUUACCAGAGCUAGACAAAUUAUGAUUCGUCCUGAAAGGUAUCUGGAUGAAUAUGGCAAAAUACCAAGACCUUGGAUUGCUGGUAAUUCCAUUAAGGAACCCACCAUACUGGAAGAACAAAUAGAUGAAUCGCAGAGUAAUCCAACGAAAGAAGAUAACUCUGAUUAUCAUUUGACAAUACUGGCUCCUUGUCCACAUCAUAGAGCAUGUCCUUUACAAACCAAUAAUCCAAAUUACUACGAGUUAAAAGAAGGUAAGAAAUUAAAAUUUUGUUCUUUCGAAAAAGCUAUAAAGAGGCCAAAGUUUAGUUUAGAAUUGAAAAAGGGUAAACUGUUAGCCAAUAAAUGGGAUGAAGAAGAUCCUGAAAUAGCUAAUAAAAGACAAAACAUGAAAUUGGCAGGAUCAGGAAGAAGAAACGGUAAUGAUUAUGAACUUAUCCAUUACUCAUAUUUGGUUGCAAAAAGAUCAUUUAAUGAUAAAGAGACAAUACGUAAGAUAAACGAAAUGAGAACUAAAGAUCGAACAGCAGAAAACAAGAAUUAUCAAGUUGGAUCUCUGGGAGAUAAUACACCAAAUACUUGGCCUAGAAUUAUCAAUCAUCCUGCUAAGAAGAAGGGUCACAUUAUCCUUGAUGUCUGUGGUAAUUCCGGUAAGAUCGAAAAAUGGAUCAUUCCAAAAUCAUUCUCAAAGGAAAUAUAUCAUGAUGCUAAAAAGGCUUACAAAGGUGAUCUGUGGGGUCUAGAUGCUAAGACAAAAUUACCAAGUUUAGCUAAGAUUAAUAUUGAAUUGUUCAAAAAACUUGAGAAGAAGAGACUUAAGAAAGUAAAGCAAGAAAGAAAGGAAAAGGAAAGAGAGAUGUCUAUAAAAUUCAAUCAACUGACAGAUCAAGAAAACAUGGAGGCAAUGACGCAGGAGAAUAUAAAAGAGAUGUCCGAGGUAUAUGCUCAUUAUUAUAAUGCCAAAUUUAAUACACCUAAAGAUUAA